AUGGCCGACCCAUCAACCCCCCUCGUCGUAGACAAUGGCACCGGUUUUGUCAAGUGUGGCUGGGCCGGUUCCAACUUUCCCGAACACGUCUUCCCCUCCAUCGUCGGCCGACCCAUCCUCCGCGCUGAAGAACGCCUCGGCACCUCCCAGCUCAAAGACAUCAUGGUCGGCGACGAAGCGGCCGCGAACCGUUCCUAUCUCCAGGUCACCCACCCCAUGGAGCACGGUGUCAUCAAGAACUGGGAAGACAUGAAGCAUCUGUGGGAUUAUACGUUUGAAGAGAAAUUGCAGGUGGACCCGAGGGGGAGGAAGGUGGUGCUGACGGAGCCGCCGAUGAACCCGAGGAGCAAUAGGGAGAAGAUGGCGGAGGUGAUGUUUGAGGACUAUGGGUUUGGAGGGGUCUAUGUGGCGAUCCAGGCUGUCUUGACGCUUUAUGCUCAGGGGCUGCAAACUGGUGUCGUUGUCGACUCUGGUGACGGUGUCACCCACAUUGUCCCCGUCUACGACGGUUUCGCCCUGCCCCAUCUCACCCGCCGUCUCGACGUCGCCGGCCGCGACGUCACCCGCUACCUCAUCAAGCUCUUGCUCAUGCGAGGCUACGCUUUCGAGCGAACAGCAGACUUUGAGACUGUCCGCGCGAUCAAGGAAGCUCUGUGCUUUACGAGUUAUGAUUUGGAUAUGGACAAGAAGUUGGCAGAGGAGACGACUACGCUUGUGGAGAAUUAUACAUUGCCGGAUGGACGGGUGAUCAAGGUGGGGUCGGAGAGGUAUGAGGCGCCAGAGUGCAUGUUCCAGCCGCACCUUGUCGAUGUCGAGCAGCCCGGUGUUGCUGAACUCUUGUUCAACACUAUCCAGCAAGCCGCUGUCGACACCCGUGCUGAUCUGUACAAGCACAUCGUCCUCUCUGGAGGCUCCUCCAUGUACCCGGGCUUCCCCUCGCGUCUCGAAAAGGAGAUGAAGCAGUUGUACCUCACCCGUGUCCUCGGUGGUGACGCUUCUCGUCUGCAGAACUUUAAAAUCCGAAUCGAAGACCCGCCCCGCCGAAAGCACAUGGUCUUCUUGGGUGGUGCCGUGUUGGGUGAUAUCAUGAAGGACAAGGAGAACUUUUGGGUCACCAAGGAGGAGUGGGAUGAGCAGGGUGUGCGGGCGUUGGACAAGCUGGGUAGAGGAGAGUAA